UUCAUUACUUUUCAUUCCGAAACGAGUCGGCGUAGGGAGUAUACUUGCAAGAUGGCGGCGCGGUGGGGAGCAGGCGAGGAGACUUUAACUGCGUGCAAUAUGGAAAUGUUCACUCUGGAUACACUAGACGAGGAUGCUGUUCUGAGCCCCGGAGAAACUCUGGAGGCCCUUCAAAGCUGCUUAGACCCCUCCAUCCUUUCUAUCUUUGAGGACACGCCAACAAUAGAGACUAAAGGACUAGAUGAGGAAAGCGAAGCCACGCUGCUCACCGCCCUGACGGAGAUCCUUGACAACGUUGAUGAUGAGAACCUGUCUCCGUUUGACACACUGCCUGACUCAGACCUGCUGUCAGGUCAGAAGGGCAGGGAACACUCUCCGCUCAGGAGAUUGCUGUGUCUGUCCCGUUCCCCUCCAGAGAAAGAUGCACUAUGUAGCCAAAGAGCUUUAUCAACUGGAAAGAGCCUCCCCAGGAAACAAGCAGACUCUCUCCAGAGGAGUGAUGGUGAGGAAGAGGAAGAUGGCUCCCUCACUCUAAGCCCAGUGCGGAACAAUUUAUCUCUUGAAAGUGACUUGCUGGACUGGGAAGGUCUGACCCUCCCUCUUCCUGUAACCUUUGAGCAGGAGGGUGAAGAUGGUGUUUCAUUUAGCCUGGGGGACUUGGUCAGGCAUAUGCACCCAUACUGUAUGGCCAUCUGUGUGGAGAAUGACGAGGGGGAACAGAUGUUGCCCGAAGGAGGAAUCUUACUUGAAGUUGUGGACCAGGGGGAAAAUGGAGAGCCCAUCCUGGCCAUCCCAGACAUGGAUCUCCCCCUCUCUCUGCCACAUGAAGAGCAGUCUUCAGAAAAUGAGCAGAAAGUUUCAGAUGAAGCUGAAGACGGGGCGUCUGACAGUUCGGAGCUUUUGAUCGUUGAUGAUGAAGAUGUAACUGUCAGCGAGGCUCCGGUGAAAGCUGCUGCCCCAGUGACACCAGACCAGUGUUCAAAUAUGAAAGACGAGAUGAUCAUUAAGAGACAGAAGGAAGAGAUCAAAGAGAAAAGCCCCUCCCGCAGAAAAAAGAAAAAGAAAUGCAAGGAACAGUGCCAACCUGAACCUGUGGAGGGAAGGGUCCUGAGGAGUGGCACCGUCAGAAACACGGCACAGGAAUCAGCCAAAAAGCCUGAAAAAAGGUCAUUCAAAGAGGAGAAGAAACAUAAACUCCCAAAGGUUUCUCUUGCCUCAGCUCCAGCUUCUCCCUCAGUCAAACCUAAGAAACUAAACUCAUGCCAAACUGAAACACAAACAGAAAUCACCACUACAACACUACUGCCUGAAACAGACGUGCAAGUUGCCACAUCUGUGUCACCGAGACGGGAGACGACUCAGUUAAGUGCAAACCCAGAGAAGAGUCAGCCUAGGUGUUCGCCCACAGGAGUGAUCUCCCAACAGCCCGAUCAAACGCCUAAACAGCCUGCCCAGGCCCCUGAGAAGCUGGAAGACUCAUCAGCAGCUCCCUCUGUUGUCCUCCCCCCGGUGUCUUCAGAAAACCCCGCAGCUGCUGCAAGUCCCAUAACACCCCAGAUGACACCAUCUGUUAGUGAGGCCCUCCCUCCUGUGGCCCCUGCAGUCUUAGAGCCAAAGCCCAAAUCACUCAGUCUAGCUGAGUACCGGCGUCUCCGACAGCAGAAAAAGCCUACUCCGGUGGAAAAACAAGACAGCGACAACAGCACCAAGUGGCCCAGCCUUCCGGAGCUUCCCAAAGAGCUUCUCCCUAUUCCCUGCCUUCCUGACCCCAGCUUCAAGGAUCCUCGGCGCCCCACCCCUCAGGCAGCGAAGAAGGAAGUGGAGGAGAUCAAACCUGCCUGGCAGCCAAGGGGACCAUGUGCACCACCCACCCCUGAGGCACUGCUGGUGCCACCGGCCUACAUGGUUGCCUCAUCCAGCAAGGCUUCGGCUGCUACACCUGUUCCUAAACCCCAGCAAACACCCGAACCUUCGAAACCAUCUCUCCCCCAAAACCCCUCAGCUCCUGCCCCUGAUUCAGUGAAGAAUAUCCCCACACAUCAGAACACCACCGCUCAACCUGCAGUGCCUCACAGCUCUGGUUCUCCAACUUCUUUCAAACCUGACUCGUCGUCAGCAGUUGGGAAAUGUUCUCCUGCCCGUUCAGGGGGAAAGGGUGAAGUCGAUAAGAUGCCCCAAUCUCUGCCUGUAUCUCCUAAGUCUGUAGAGCUCACUAAAACAUGUCCUAAAACCACUACAGAUGUCAUCAAACCCACCGCUGCUACUGUGUCUGCUCCCAGUGCCCCCCAGAAGAUCACUGUUGUUUUCCAGAAGGUGCCUGAGGUCACUGCUCCUAUCUUGUUGGAUAACCGCAUCACACCUGAUAGCAAGUCCUCCAAAUCCACAACCAGUGGUACCCAGUCCUGUUCUUCUCCCGUUACGCAUCCCUCAGACUCCCUGAUUGUAAAGGUGAAACCUGUUGUACUUGAAACGAAAGAGAAACCCACUACAGCACUGAAACCCCAAAAGGCAAAGAGCCCCACACAGGAACUGAUCGAGGCCUUCACAACUGAGAUAGGUAUUGAAGCUGCUGAUCUGACCAGCUUGCUGGAGCAGUUUGAGGAAACACAAGCCAAAGAGGAGCAAUGUGUGCCGGAGGUCUCUGGUAGAGCAGCAGCUGUAGGAAACUCUAGUGUUGAGUUGGCUCCAGAGAAAACCAUUGUGGAGCGUGUGAGAGCUAAUGACCUCUCAAGUACUGCAGCUCUGACUCCUCCAGCCACUCCUCCCCACCAAAUGUGGAAACCCCUGGCCCCUGUGGCCCUGCUGGGGAAGAACAAGGCUGCUGAGGCCUCCAAGUCAAGCCCCUCCAAGGUGAUCCAGAUAGAUGCCCGGCCUCUGCCCUCAAGCAGGUCCCGCAGCAAACCCACUCCUGCUGCCGCCACGGUUGCCCCUGAAGUGGCAUGCAUGGACCAUGAUUAUUGCCUCCCCAACAAAGGCACUGGAGAGGCAGGCAAGCGCUGGAAUGUCAAACAGCAGUCUUUCAUCACUAUUAAACCCAUCAAGCCCACUGCAACCACUACACAAACACCCCCAGCUGCCCCGGCAUCGUCUGCCCAGUCUACAACAAACACUGCAGUUACAACCAAAACACAAGAAUUUCCACUGCGAGAGCCCCUGGAUCACAGAACUGGUGGGGUGGAGAGAAGCUCUGUUCUGGAGACUCCUGAUGCUUCGCCCGCUCGGCAGGAGACUUAUGCCACUGUUGGAGAAGGGAGCCCCAGGAGAGGGCCUUUGGGGAGGUCCUACCGUCGGCAUGCUGCUUCUCGCACACCCAGCCCCAGAUCUAGUCCUAAAGAGAGGCCUGGAGGAAGGUCUAGAAAAAGGAGAUCCCAUCGCUCUCCCAGCCCCAUGUCCAGCGGUUCAGAGUCAGACUCCCAUUCCUCUAGAUCUCGGUCUAGAUCACACUCUCCAUCUAAGAAAAGGUAUCGCCCCUGUCACUCAAGGAGUAGUUCCAGCUCCUCAUCCUGUUCCUCAUCCCGGUCCUCUCCCUCUGUGUCCCGCUCCCCUCCCAGGAGAAGGAGGUACUCUUACUCUUCCUCUCGUUCUGGCUCUUGGAGUUGCUCCAGGUCACGGUCUCGAUCCCCUCAGAGACGACCACAGUGGAAUAGAAGCAGAAGAUUGUACAGUCCCUCAUGUAGGCCCGACUAUGGUUACAGCGUGAAGAUGAAUGAAAAUGAGGUGAAGAGAUGCAAGGAGAAAGCCAUUGAGGAGCGCCGGGUUGUUUAUGUUGGUCGAAUUCGGGGAUCGAUGACCCAAAAAGAACUUAAAGAGCGCUUCUCUUUAUUUGGCGAGAUUGAAGAAUGCACCCUGCACUUUAGAGACCACGGGGACAACUACGGGUUUGUGACUUAUUACGACACCAAGGAUGCUUUCACGGCCAUUGAGAAUGGAGGCAAACUGCGCAAGCCCGAUGAGCUGCCGUUUGAUCUCUGUUUUGGUGGAAGGAGACAGUUCUGCCAGUCCAGCUAUGCUGACCUGGAUUCAAAUAGAGACUACGAUCCAUUGCCUGCAAAAGCCAAGUUUAAUGCACUAGACUUUGACACUUUACUGAAGCAGGCCCAGCAGAAUCUGAAGAGGUAACAGGAGGCCUGCAGCAGGAAGCAGCUGACACUUACCUCAGAGCCAAUGGUUGGCUCCUCACCUGCAACACUGUCUUUACAUUUUUAGUUGUUGCAUUACUUUUGCAUAAUUUUAUUUUGUUUCUGCAAGCUAACACCUUCUAUUGAAGUGAAGAUUUGUAAUGAAAGUAGUAAAAGAAAAAAAAUGGAAUAAGUAAAAUAUUUUUUUUAAAGUUUAUUUAAAUGUAAAAUCAAAGUUGAAUUGUAUUGAGAGAAAUCAUUUUAAAAGGGGGAAGGUAAGUGGACUGGAGCUCCCUAAUUACUGGGAGAGGUUGUAAUACAUUUGAAUGUAGUACAAACCUAAAUAAAAAGAGAACCUGAA